GGAAAUUAUAAGUCUCCAAAAUGCUCUGGAUCAUUAGCUGUUUUGCUUUGGUGGCCUCCACUCUGGGCUGUGGAGUGCCAGCCAUUAAGCCUGUUAUUAGUGGCUACAACAGAAUUGUGAAUGGAGAGAAUGCAGUGUCUGGCUCCUGGCCCUGGCAGGUCUCUCUCCAGCAAUCCAAUGGCUUCCAUUUCUGCGGUGGAUCCCUGAUCAACCAGUAUUGGGUUGUCACCGCUGCCCACUGCCGUGUUCAGGCUGGAUAUCACUAUGUGAUUCUUGGAGAGCAUGACCGCGGCUCCAGCGCUGAGUCUGUUCAGGUUAAAAGCAUCGCUAAGGCCAUCACUCAUCCUUACUACAAUAGUCAGAACUUCAACAAUGACAUUACCCUGCUGAAACUGUCCUCUCCAGCCCAGCUGACGUCUCGCAUCUCUCCUGUGUGUCUGGCGGCCUCCUCCACCAGCAUCCCAUCUGGAACUCGCUGCGUCACCACUGGAUGGGGCAAAACUGGAAGCACCUCAAGCCCUCGUAUCCUGCAGCAGACCGCAUUGCCUCUUCUGAGUCCAGCUCAGUGUAAGCAAUACUGGGGCCAGAACAGAAUCACAGACGCCAUGAUCUGUGCUGGAGCCUCCGGUGUCUCCUCUUGCCAGGGUGAUUCUGGUGGUCCUCUGGUGUGUGAGAGCUCAGGUGCUUGGUAUCAGGUUGGCAUCGUGUCCUGGGGCACCAGUGACUGCAAUGUUCGUACCCCUGCCGUCUAUGCUCGCGUCUCUUACCUUCGCCAAUGGAUUGACCAGAUCGUUGCCUCCAACUAGAGCUCUUGCUCUCUGAAGAAAAUGCCAAUAAAAACUAAAAAACUA